AUGCCCAGAGAUACAACAUUUAAUCCAUGUUGGUUAAAUCGAACAGAUGAUGAUGGUAUCGCGUUAAGUAAAUGGUUAACGAAUGGAAAAACAACAAAAAUAUUUAAAUGUCUUUUGUGCAAAACAAAUGAUCUCGAUUGCUCCAAUAGAGGUUGGAGUGCAAUUGAACAACAUAUGAAAACAAAAAGUCAUGUAGGAAAUAUAAAAUCAUUAAAAAAUAAUUCAACAUUUGUUAUUGGACCUGCUUCAACAUCAAAUGAAGGUGUUAUUCCAACAUCACAUCUUCGAUUAGGUGCAUUAAAACAACCACUCAUUUUAGAUUUUCAAGAACAAGUUACUAAAGCAGAAGCUGUAUGGGCUUUAACAGUUGCACAACGUGCAUUUUCUUUUAAUUCGUGCAAUGAAAUUGGCGAUGUAUUUCGUACCAUGUUUCCUGACUCUAAAAUUGCAAAAGAAUUUAAUAUGCAGGCGAAAAAGGUUUCGUAUGUCCUAUCAUAUGGUCUUGGUCCACAUUUUCAUCAAGAAUUAGUUAAAUCUUUAAAGAGAAAUGAUAAGUUUGUUUUAUGUUUUGAUGAACAGACAAAUAAUCAAAAUCGUAAACAACUGGAUUUGUUGGUCAGAUACUGGUGUUUUGAUCAAGGACGUGUUGUAACUCGAUAUUACAAAACAAUUCUAUUAGGACAUGCAACAGCAAUAGUGUUGAAAAAUGCUAUACUUGAUGCACUUAAAACAGAUGGUUUAGAUUUAAAAAAAUUGCUUAUGUUAGGACGUGAUAGUCCAUAUGUAAAUUUGUCACUGGAAAAUAUGAUUGAAGCUGAAAUGGAAAAGAUUGGUGGUGGUCUUUUAAAAAUUGGUGGUUGUCAUUUGCAUGUGGUUCACAAUGGAUUUAAAGCUGGUUUAUUAUCAACUGAUUGGCAUGCACAAAAUAAAUGUAUUGAUCUUUAUGUAUGGUUCAAACGAUCGCCAGCUCGUCAAGAAGAUUUAGUUGAUAUUAUUGAAGAUUUUAAUACAUUAAUGGAAAAAACAUUAUUAUAUUUUACUUCUACACGUUGGGUAUUACUUGGUAAAGUAAUUACACGUGUUUUAACACUAUGGGAACCUCUACAAGAAUAUUUUCUCGUACUUUUACCAACAAAAGAAAAAAAACAAAUUCAAAAAAAUGAUCGUUAUGAUAGAAUUAAACUUAGUUUAACCUCGUACACCAUUAAAAUUCAAUUACAAUUUGUAUUGUUUUUAUGUGAAACAAUAUUUGAUCGUUUUCUUACAUUUUUUCAACAAGAAGCACCACUUAUACACCUUUUAUAUGUUGAAUUAUCAGCAUUAUAUCGAGAGAUUUUGGUUCAAUUUUUGGUGCCUGAUUAUGUUGGUAAUAAAACUGGUAAUGAAUUACUGAAUUUAGAUUUUAAAUUGAAAGAAAAACAAUUAAAUAAUAAGCAAAUAAGAAUAGGAGAAUCAACACGUAAAUUGUUGAUGAAUAUUACACAAAAAGAACGUGAAGAUUUUUUUGAAGAUGUACGGACUAUCUAUCAUGCUAUAGCACAAUAUUUUAAAAAUAAUUUACCAUUAAAUUGUUCAUUUGUACGUGAUAUGCAAAUUUUCAAUCCUUCAUUUAAAUCUGCUGAAUAUACUCAUGAAUUAAGUCGUAUUGCUAAAGCCAUUCCAGGUUUUUUAACUGAUACAGAAAUUGAUCAUAUACGAGAUGAAUGGAUAAAUUAUUCACUAGAAAAUAUUGAUCAAAAAUGGUUUGUUGAAGGGAGACAGGACGAUGGUUAUGGAAACGAAAAAAUUAUUUUUCAUCGGAUUGAUUUCUUUUGGAAUCAUGUUUUAUCGAUGAAAAUGGUGGAUGGACGACCCAAAUUUCCAAUAUUAGGAAAGUUAAUUAAAAAUAUUCUUAUUAUUCCUCAUGGAAAUGCUGAUAUAGAACGUGGUUUUUCAAUUAAUGAAAAUAUUGUUACAUCCAAUCGAUCCAAUUUGUCUAAUACAUCAAUAAAUGCUUUACGUUCAACAUAUGAUGGUGUAAAAUUUCUUGGUGAUGGAUCAAGUCAUAAGGUGUACGUAAACAAGGACAUGAUUAAAAUGGUUCAGUCAUCUCAUUUGUUAUAUAAACAAGAUUUAAACUCGAGAAAAGCAGCAGUCGAACAACUAGAAAAAAAAAAUGAAGAGAUGUUACAAGUCGACGAAGCGUGUAAAGAAAUUUUAAAAGAAGAAGGAGAAUUAUUAUCAAAUCAAAAAGAUUUACAACAACAACUUCAAGCUAGUCAAAUAAUUACUGAAGCUACAGAACGUUUACAAAUAGCAAUUAAAAAAAAAGAUAAUCUUGAUAUGGAUAGAGCUUCUAUAUUAAUUGAUGGUGGUAAUAUGAGAAAUAAAUCAAUUAAUGAACAGUUAGUCAAAGUAACAGAAGAUUUAAUUAAAAUUCAAAAGAAACGAAAAGAUGCUUUUGAUCAACUUCAUAGAUUAAAACGACAAAAAUGUUCGACCAACUAA